AGGCGGAAAUAAGGGAGUGUCAUGGCAACCGCGGGCGCGUCGCGGUGCUCGGGAGUCCCGCGGAGUCGGAGCCGCUGAGCCCCUGAGGGCCGGCCCGGGCUGCUGGAGCCGCUCGGUGCGGGCCGGGUUCUCUCGGAACCCCUGAGGGCCGGCCCGGGGCUGCUGGAGCCGCUCGGUGCGGGCCGGGUCCUCUCUGGGAGCCCCUGAGGGCCGGCCAGGGCUGCUGGAGCCGCUCGGAUUCCUGUUCGUUGAGGACGACACGGGCCGAGUCGGGAGAGGAGACCAGAAACCCAAGUGGUGAUUUUUGGGGAAGUCACACGUUACCAUGAAGGCCCUGUACGGUCAGCAGAACUCUCCUGGAGAGGAAAUGACAUUUGUGUUCCAGGAAAGAGAGAACCUUCCUGCCCCCAGAGACCACGACGUGAAGGUGCAGGUCAGAGCCUGUGCCCUGAGCAGGGUGGAUACAAAGCUCCUGUCAGAAAUUAAACUGAAGAGGGAACUCGUGCCUGUCGGGCGAGAAAUUUCGGGAGUUGUGCUGGAAGUUGGAAGCAAGGUGACCUUUUUCCAGCCUGAUGAUGAAGUGGUGGGAAUUUUGCCCCUGGAUUCCGAGGAGUCUGGUGUCUGUGAAGUUAUACUGGUUCACGAGCAUUAUUUGGUUCACAAGCCAGAGAAGGUCUGCUGGGCCGAGGCUGCCGGGACGGUCCGGGACGGGCUCCGCGCGUACACGGCCCUGCACUACCUGGCCCAGGCGUCCCCUGGCACGAGUGUCCUUGUCCUGGAUGGAGCAAGUCCGUUCGGUACCAUCGCGAUUCAGCUGGCUCAACACAGAGGGGCCAAAGUCAUCUCCACUGCCCACAGCCUGGAGGACAAGCAGUACCUGGAGAGGCUCAGACCUGCUGGGGAAGGAGUCCGGCAGCCUCUGGUGGCCCGAGUAAUCGACCUGUCCCACGGCAAGAUCGACGUGGCCGAGAGCUGCCUGGAGGAGACGGGCGGGCUGGGCGUGGACAUCGUCCUGGAUGCCGGAGUGAGGCUGUACAGCUCUGAAGAUGAACCAGCUCCCAAAUCCCAGCUGCUGCCUCACAAGCACGACAUCAUCACCCUGCUCGGGGUGGGGGGACGCUGGAUAACCACGGAAAAGGAGCUGCAGCUGGAUCCUCCAGACAGCCGUUCCUUGUUCCUGAAGGGAGCCACCGUGUCCUUCCUGAACGAUGAGAUCUGGAACCUGUCCAAUGUGCAGCAGGGGAAAUACCUCGCCAUCCUGGAAGAUAUCAUGGAGAAAUUAUCAAAUAGCAUUUUCAGGCCUCAGCUGGAUGAACCGAUCCCAUUGUACGAAGCCAAAGUUUGUAUGGAAAUAGUUCAGAAGAAUCAAGCAAGAAAGAGACAAGUGAUCCAGUUCUGACACGCAGCUUCUGAUUUCUCAGCCUGGGGAAGAUAAAGAAAUGUAUUUGUGGAGUAAAUCAGCAUACACUUGCAGGCAGUAAACUGAAUUUAAACAUUCCUUGUACCUUCAGCACAAAUGGUCUCUGAAGCUUCCAUUACUUCAGGGUUUUUUAAUUCCCUUGAGCAGAAGGUUCCCAUCAGCAGCUUCUAAAAAUGCAGCCUUGCAAUAAAAAUCUUGUCUGCUCUGCCUCAAUUACAAA